UGACCGACCGUAUACCUGUUUCGGCGGAAAGGAGGCGGGGUGGCAAGGGGGGGGGGGGGGGGGGGAGUCGCAGCGGCCGCCGCUCCUUCUCGAAGUCAGCCCCGGCUGCUCACUUCGCUGGCGGCUUGCGUUUUUGCCGUGGCGUCCCCACCCACCCACCGCCGCUGACGAGGCAGUGCCGGUGUCACAAAGGCCCCCGGCGCUGGAGGCGCUGACCGCGGCGGCACAUCGCAGAUGACGACGCCCGUCGAAACGUGGUGCCGGUGAUUACCGCUACGAGCAGGUGGUGGUGGUGCCGAGCGGCGAAGCUUCACGCGUCGCAGCCAUGGAGACCGGCGUUUACGUGACGGCGCUCGCGUUGUGCCUCGCGUUGCUGUGGGAGUCGGGCGGGACGAUCAAGUGCUGGGAGUGCAACUCUCACUUCGAUCCGCGGUGCGCCGACCCCUUCGAUAACAAGUCGCUGCCCAUUGGCGAGUGCGCUGCCCGGUCGUUGCAGAUGUACCCAAAACUCAAGGCCUCCAUGUGCCGCAAGAUUCGACAGAAAGUGAACGGCAACUGGCGGUUCAUCCGGACCUGCGCCUUUCUCGGCGAGCCCGGCGAAGGCACCUACGACGAGAACUACUGCCUCAUGCGGACUGGCACCUACGACGUAUUCGUCGAGACCUGCACCUGCAAAAGCAAGGACGGCUGCAACACAGCCUCGCAACAGAGUGGACCGCUUUUACUCCUGGCGUUCGGAGCAGCUGCAGCCACCGGGGUAGUGUUGGGCGCUCUCCGCAAUUGACCACUGCGCUCAGCGUGCGCUAUGCCACUAUGCGUAUGGGCUACUCGGACACCCCGCCUUGUGGUCCCACACGUGCGUGCACCUUCAAGGACAUUUGCCAUGCCGACGCUAAUGGUACUAGUGGACACGAGCUGGCAGCAACGCCGCCUGGUGGUCAUUUUUGUCGCCGUUCCACCCGCUCCGGAUGCGAGGUCGUGACAUCGAGUUGUCGGCUGGUCAACAAGAAGAAGAGAUCGCUGUUUGCUGUUCGCUUCUUGCGCACAGAGCUUACUCUGUACUGUGGCGAUAGAGCUUGUAUACUGCGCUUAAGGUCAGCUGCGAUUGAGAGACAAGAGUGGUAAAGACGGUGCCCGAAAGGUGACUCGAGUCACCUUUCGGGCACAAGCCUCACCACUCUGCAGGAUCCUGCUGAAGGCGAGUGUAGUUCGGGCUGGUUGUGAAAUAUCCGUCGAGCGUGCUUGUAGGAGAAUCCAUGGCCACAGUGCGCAGGCAUCAGCAGCGUGCCCCACUGAGCUUGUACUUAGCACGUGCGCACGUUAGCGCGCAUACUACGGGGCACUUGGUUACGACGCUAGAGAGUCGGACGCUAAAACGAUAGGGUUCUUUGAAAGCCAAGGUGGUCGAUAUGUAACAACGCCGUGCGAUGAUCAUUAGCAGGUUGAAGAAAUCUCAAGUAUGAAGGCGGUACAUCCUGCAGCUAGAGUGUACUAGAAUGGGGGAGUGGGUCCAGCGGACGCCUUGACAAGCGCCGAGGGUGAAGCAAAAAAGCUGCCGUCGCCUUAUUCUGAAGUUCCGGCCAAUAUACGUUGGCUCCGGAUGUUUCGGCAGCGCCCAUUGGUUGAGGUGAGCUCACGGGCUGAGUAGCUGUCGUCUGCACGACGCACCGUCGUUGUUGCGUCGUUUGCAUUCUUUCCGCCGCUCUUUUCACAUUUUAUUUACAAUAGAUCGGUGGGGAAUAAUAUCAGUGUUGCCGCCACCGAGUAUCUAAACUAGAUACAGCAGAGUGAAACGCUUGUCAAAACUCCAUGCAGCUGCGGUAGGGUCUCCGACGCGACAAGCGUCCGGCCGGCGCGCGGGUCCGCUCAUUCAGGAGAAAGCGACGGUGGCGCCAUCAACUUUUCAAUAAAGAAAGCCUCAGCGGGGAGCCUGCGUUGGACCCACUCUCCCAAUCUAGUACACUCUAGUGCAGCUACGUUUGCCAUUGAUGCUAGCUCUUUCGAGAGGUCACAGUACCAAAAACGUUGGCACGUUUGAGAAGGAUAGUACGGCGGCCGGUCAACCUGUCGACCGAAGUACGUUAAGAGUGACAGAUUUAAUAAAAGAAUCUAUAGAUGUUGCAGUUUGGUCUUACGGGGCGUACAAGUGUAUUUACCCCACGCGAUGCGUUCCCGGACAAGCUGUGGGCUGUAGUUUAUCUGCAUACAACAUGUGCUCCAUGAAGGAGCAGCUAAAACGAGGUGGCUUACAGGAUAUCUAGCUGAAAGAAACCAAUCUGGCCUAGAUGAAACAGUUUGCGAGUGCGAGGGCUCUGUGGAAAAAACAUUGCUGGUAAAAAGAAUCGGGGGAACCGAGGGAUUAACCACAUAAAGCCAACAGUUUGCUUCAUAAGGCGAACUGCGUUGACGCUAUGAAAGCGUAAGAGCAAGGGGACACACGCGAAUUAAAUUUGUCGUUAAUUUAGUAUUGGAAUGUGUUUUACUUGCGCAUGGAGUGGGGAGGGAGAAGAUAUUUUCGUGUCCCCGUUUGUUCUGUGUGUUCAGCAGAGCGCAGAACGCUGUUUUAAAUAAAGUACCGCAGGUUUCUGCCGUUAUGUCGCACGCCGUUGACCGUGACUGUACAAGCACUUGUCUUCGUAUUUCCAGCGCGUUACCGUAUGGCGUCGUCAUCCUGGAUAGACGCUCAGUGGUGAUCAUUUGCGUUAAUCUCGCAACUCACUUGAUCUGCCUGCACUAUACACAGGAAACCUUGCAGUGCCUUAAAUAAAUGUGAUCGUCUUUACACGAAAUGCAGUGACAUUGUUCGCAGCGGAUAACCGCCAUCGUUUCUCUUUGAGGCAUACAGCGUUUGCUUUAUUUCAGUGAGCUUGCACGAGGUUGUCGCGUCCGCAGGUGUCUCACAAGAAUCUCGUUUGUGGCGGCAUAUCGUUAGAAAAUGCCUUCCAUGAUCGAAUCUAUAGCUGGCCGUCGCUGUAAGUUAUGUGGUACUAGCACCUUUGAAUUGCAAUGCGGUUUUGUUUCGUAUUUACUAAACGUGAACGAGCAACCCCCGCCAAAGUCAUUCGAAGAAUAACUAAAGGUGAACGGGUGAACUUGCUACUGAACUGAGGCUUAAAUGCGCUGAAAAGUCAGUAUUGUUUUUUUUUUCUCCUUCUCUGUCUCUCUCUCUCUUGACUUAUCGACCUGGUGCGAACACGCACGGCAUGGAAAAUUCAGCGCUAGUAAAGUUUAUGCAGAAACGACAUAGAUGACAAUGACAUAAUGAUUUACUCUUAGUUCCAAUGUCUAUAGAACUCAAAUCUUAUACAUUCCAACUACUCGGUGUACUGCAUAACACAUUUUUGAAGGUCAGGUUGUGGGUUGCCGAAAAGAGAAAAAGCUUGUCUUUGAGAAACUGUCACACCAUAUUUUAUUACAUAUUUUUGGCGCACUACCUGUAUCCGCGAAAACAUUGUCUGUAAGCCGUUGGCGUCUGAGCGCUGUCUUGAAUAUAUUAUACGUACGGUACCCCUUUUUUAGCGCAGCUCUUAGGAGCCCGUUCCUGCGGCGAGCGUCGGCCGUCGGCGUACCUCGUAACUGAGCGAACGAGCACAGCGAAGGAUGAAAGAGCAAGCGCGGAGCGCAGCGGGGGAUGAGAGCGAUAGAGAGGAGAGCACGAGCAGGAAAGCGGAGGAGGAGGGUAUGGCGAAAGCGGGAGAAGAAAGGCAUAGUGACGCGCAAGACGGCCUUUGCGGCGGCGAUGGCUACGAGAUGGCGCCAGAGUAGCGCGCAUCGUCUGUUCACCGAUGACGCCAACGAUAUCAUAUAUGGAAACAAAGCGCUGCAUGAGCGGAGGUCUGUCAGCGGCGGCUGCUGUGAAUCACACCCACGCGUCGUCACCCACGCGCUGCCUCUCACGAUCUCCCGAUUAUCGAGGCAGUCGCGCCACACUUCGCUCCGUUUGCAACGUGUCGCACGAGACAGAUUGUCCGUGCCAGCCAAUUUAUCGCGAAAUGAAAACAUGUAUAGAGCUGCGCUCAAAUUUCGCGUUAGGGAGUAUCGUAAUCGUCGUUGAAUUUUUUUUUCUUCACAAGACAGCCGUAAUUGUUAAAUAGAAGACGGCGUUCGUGAUAUCGAAGGAACAAGGUUCAGCUCACGUUACCGUCUCUCAAGACUCCUUAUAUCUUUGUGCUCAGCAUUCACAAUUCUGGUGAACUCUGUGUGGAAGUUAUGAGCUAUCUGCAGCGGUACACUUCAUAUAAAGCGGUAUAUUUCACAAACGGAGUCCGAAAAGCAGCGCGCAGAGCAGUUUGGAACUUGGGCAGGGACCAGAGUCGCGCGACUUUCCCUUCGCGUUGAAGCGCGAUCAUUUUGUUAACUCGUUGCCUAUUACUUUAUACCCCCAGCUUUUGCGGGUGAACAUUCCGUCCAUAUUUUAACACCCCUGAAUAAUCCAAGUGCCACAAAUCACCGACGUAUAACCAGAUCACUUCCUUUCAUGCUGUAUACUAUUUAGUUCCCGUGUUUUACUGAGAAUGGAGUGUGCGUAUACGUGGAUCGCGAAAGGGUGGUGUGAAUGCUCGUGCGAUUAACCAGUGCAUUUUUAGACGGAUUUUUUUUUUGUACAAACGAAAUGUAUGAAUAUUCAUGGCCUCUAUAUACAAACAUGUUUCCUAUUGACCAUGUGAAUGCGUAGAGUGGAUGAAGUGUCGUACACUGCAAGUUUUAUCUUAUUUUUGCCCUCUUAUAUCCUCCAUAUUUUUGUACCUCGAACGCGGGCAGCAACGUGAGUUUGCUGCACGAGUAAAUAUACGGUGCAAUCACUUUGUCUCGGUGCUGAUGUCGAUAAAGAAAACCAAGGAAGGGAAUUCAUUGGCUGUGUGUGUAUGUGUCUCUCUCUUUCAUUUUUAUCUUCUUAUAUAGAAGUCCAAUCCAGAAAGUGCCAGAGCCUUACAUAGCUGACAGGAAGGUGGCUGAUUUGCUAAACUCAGUUAUAUAUAGUUAUCGCCUGUUGGAGUAAUGUAUUUCACUUACGCUCAGAUUUAUAGGAUUAUACUAAAGAAAAAAUUAAGUGAUCCUACAUUAUAGGCACUUACAUUGCAUCUAUGAAAUGGAGAAUAGAUGAAGUUUAUUGAGAAAACGAAUUCGGGCGGGGAAGGUGGGGGUUGUACGCUAGGAGAUGACGUAAAAGUGGGGGGCCUUGUGGCGAAGCCGCCUUCCCAUUUUGCAUCGUAAACAGUAGCUUUAACCCGACUGUUCCGCCUUCCCUGCAGUAUAGGGGACACACACCCGACGAAAGGCCGCGAAAUACGUGACGUUGUACGACGACGUCAGUGAUGCCGCUCUUGAAUUUGUCCGCUAAUAAUUCGUUAUUCUUUCCCCAAAAUAAGCGGCUAGAGACUAUCAAGGAGGAAAUGUACCAGUCGAUUUUUCGCUUACCAGCCGCGCUUGCCCUGGACACACCUAUCCCCUUGUUUCUUUAUUCAUUACUGUUGAAACCGGCUGAAUAAGUGUGUUCUGUAUCGUUUUAGAAAGAUCCUUUAUGCGUUUCAGGCAGGGCCUGGGCGGUGGCCCCGUCACAAGUGCGCUAGAAUGCAUUACUUCUUUAAUAACGUGCUCACGUUCUUGUAUAUCUGUGCGACCACGUAGCUUCCCGACCUGUUACUGUUACUUUGGUGCCUUGUCGACGCUAAAUUUCUCUCCCGCGAGUCGAUAACGCUCAGCUGCUAUUGUCUUUGUCUUGUACUGCGAACAAUUUUGUCUUUCUUCUUUUUUUAACACUUCAAGCAAUCUUCUUCCUCCCCGCUCCAUCGUCACGCUUAUUUUUCUUUGAAUUUGCUUUGCAGGAAGAAGCGAUGUAAUCGUAGAAAGUUUUAGCUGACCGUCGGCUUACGGUACGCUCCGCUCCCGUUUGACCCCCGCAGAGGCACUGCGGAGAUUUGGCAUUUUUCAUAAGCGCGUCUCACAAAGGCGCAGGCGACGUGCGGUCACAUUGGCUGCAAGAACGACGCAGGAGCCGAGUGAUCGCACAGUCACGCUACACUCGCUAACGGCUCGGCAGCGUAUAGCGAAGGAUAGAGUUCUGCCUUCCGCAGUCGGCAUGAGCGUGCGCGCACUAGCGUUCCCUCUGGUCGGCUGUCCGCAAAUUGCUAGGAUACACGGGUCUUAGCGGAGCGGACUGUAAAAAAACAAACGCUGAGCUAAAACUCUCUAAUGCGCGUGUUUCGAGUAUAUAUAUGCUGCCAAUUCGGGAACGCAUGCGAGAUUAUAAUUUGAUGGUCCUCGUCGAUCUAUACAUGCACUGUGCACCGCGGAGCUUUCUAGGCAUCAGCCGGAGACAUCUCUCUCAAUUCCACGGGAAAGAAAAAAAAAAAGUCAUUCAUUGCCACUCGUGCGGCCCCGCACGAUGCUCAAGCUGUGGCGACAAAUAAAUGCUUUCAAUACC